AUGUUGGAUCAGAUUCAUCUGCUGGCUGCUGUGACAGUCCUGGGAGUCCUGGAGCAAGGCUACUUCUUCCUCCAGGUGAUCUAUGCCAGGAGGGCGUUUGGCAUUUCUCCUCCAAAGAUCUCAGGCCCACCUGAAUUUGAGAGGAUCUUUCGAGCACAGGUGAACUCCUCUGAGUAUUUUCCCAUUUUCCUGGCACUUCUGUGGCAGGCUGGACUCUUCUUCCAUCAAGGUCUGGCUGCAGCCUUGGGUCUGCUCUAUCUCUACGCCCGCUACUGCUACUUUAUGGGAUACAGGGCAUCAUCCUUGGAAAGGCUCACCCCAAUAUACUUUAGCUCUGGAGUUCUGUGGAUUCUCAUUGCAGCGUCAGCCCUGGGCAUCUUGCAUUUCUUCCUCUCUCACUACGUGGGGCUGAACAUCCUCCAGCUCCUCAGAGUGUGACCUGCUCCUCUGUCCCUCAUCA